AGGAUUACCUGCCACAAGCUGGCGAUGGCCAGGCAGCAUCUCAUCUAUUCACAGCGAGAGCGGAGGAGCGCUGGAGAAGCCUAUGUUUUAUCAUUAACAUUCGCUUUAGAGAAAAUCUGCAAACCCGUCUGGUCCUGAUCGAAUCGGGCCAUCUAUGGGGUAAUGUGUUGAAAAUCUACAUGGUGUUGCAUCAAGCCGAGUGGAAUGGGGCUGCUUGAUAAACUGUCAGGCUGGCUUGGCCUAAGGAAGAAAGAAGUCAACGUUUUGUGCUUGGGUCUGGACAACGGCGGCAAAACGACAAUCAUCAACCAGCUCAAACCAUCUAAUCAUCCAAAUCAUUUAGGUCCAUUGUCAGAAGAGUGGAAACAUGUUAGUCAGACAGCGGCUCAAGAAAUAGUCCCAACGAUUGGCUUCAACAUUGAAAAGUUCAAGAGCUCGAGCCUGUCCUUCACAGUCUUUGACAUGUCAGGCCAAAGCAGAUACAGAAGCCUGUGGGAGCAUUAUUACAAAGAAAGCAACGCAAUCAUAUUCGUCAUUGACAGCAGCGACAAACUGAGAAUGGUUGUGGCAAAGGAGGAGCUCAAUAAUCUCCUCAACCAUGAAGAUAUCUGCAACAAAAAGAUCCCAGUACUCUUCUUCGCCAACAAGACAGACCUGCGGGACGCUCUGUCUUCGGUCAAGGUCUCGCAAAUGUUGUGUUUGGAGAACAUCAAAGACAAACCCUGGCACAUCUGUGCCAGCAAUGCUAUCAAAGGAGAAGGCUUGCAGGAAGGGCUGGACUGGCUGCAAGAUCAAAUUGCACAAUCAUAUCAAAACAAUGAACAGAUGAACGACCAGGCGUGAUCGGGACGCAGGGAUGUGCAAACUGGAUCUGACUCGGCGUUUCAGGUGUUCAUCACUCUUGAUGUUGUAAGCCUUAAACUUCAAUGUCAAAUAGUCGAGCACUUUUUCUCUGAGCUGCACUUUUAAAGACUCAAGUUAAAGAUGAACGCUGUAAUCUGAGUCAAGUGAUUAUUUGAAGCACCAAUCAUCAACUCCUUAUACGUCACUACAGAGUGUCAUGCAGUCUGAAUUUAUACAUAAUCUGGGUUAUUUUCUGCAUGCGGUGAAGUAGCUUUUUUUAAUCUAUUCCAGCUUUUAUCUAUUUUUUUUAUUUUUGUUUUCUGAAGAUGCUGUUAAAGUCGAAUGAUGCACUAAUUGGAAAUUAAAAAAGAAUAUUUGCUCAGUGUA